AUGAUUAUCCCAAUCCGCUGCUUCUCGUGUGGAAAGGUCAUCGCAGACCUCUACGAACGCUACGUCGAACUGAUCGGCACACCGCAAGACAACGGCGACACCAUGUCAGAUGGCGACGCUAUGGAUCAACUCGGCCUGAACCGCUACUGCUGCCGCCGCAUGAUGCUCACGCACGUCGACCUCAUCGAGAAGCUCCUGCGAUACAACCCAGCGGAGCGCGAUAUCAUCAAACAGGGAAACAGGUGA